AUGUCCAAAACCAAAGUCGACUAUUCUUUCAACAACCCCGAUGUUGUUACCCAAUACUCAACAGCAGGCUCAAUUGCUGCUCAAGUUUUGAAAGAAGUCAAGGCAAAAUGUGUGGAAGGUGCCAAAACUUUUGAUAUUUGCGUUUUUGGGGACAAUCGAUUGAAGGAGGAACUUGAAAAAGUCUAUGAAGAGGAAAAGCAAGGGAAGAAGACAACGUCCAAGGGUAUCGCAUUUCCAACUUCCAUUACGCCCAACAAUUUGGUGGCCUACUUGUCUCCUACUGCCCCUGAAGAUGAGGCUAAUUUAGAACUCAAGAAAGGAGACUUGAUCAAAGUUUCUUUGGGUGCUGAAAUUGGAGGAUUUCCUUCCAUUAUCUCCGAAACUCUAGUUAUUGGGGAGGAUGAAGUUACAGGAAGAAAAGCAGACGUUAUUGCUGCCGCUUAUUAUGCACUCCAGUCUGCUAUUAGAACAAUUAGACCAGGAAAGAGAAACAUGGAAGUCACCAAAGUGGUGGAUGAUGUUGCUAAGGCCUUUGAUUGUGUUCCAGUUGAAAGCAUGUUGUCCCACAAUCAAGAAAGAAACAUCUUAACCGGAGAAAAGGAGAUCAUAAUCAAUCCUACUCCAGAGCACCGUAAACAGAUUGGAACUUUCGAAUUCAAUGAAGGUGAAGUGUAUGGGUUGGAUAUUCUAAUUUCCUCUUCUAAGACUGGUAAGGUCAAGAAAUCUUCCUAUUUGACUUCCAUUUUCAAGUAUACUGGAACCAGUUAUAGAUUGAAACUGAAAACUUCUCAGUCAUCCCUGAACCAGGUCAAGAAGCUUUCUCCCUACUUCCCAGUUAGUCUGAGAUCUUUUGCUGACUCAAAAAGAGGACGUAUGGGAUUGCAUGAAUGUGUCAGUCAUCAAGUAGUGGUUCCUUACGAUGUUGUUCAGGAAAAAGAAGAUGAACUCGUCGCCCAAUUCUACGCAACCAUUGGAGUGGGCAAAGAUGCUACCGUCCAGCUAACCCCCUUUUCCUUUGAUAUUUCAACCAUCAAAUCUGAGCAUUCGGUCUCAGACGAGUCUUUGUUGAACCUUCUGGCACAACCAUUGGUCGAGCAAGAAUAA